CUUCGCCUGCCUUGAUUAUCUAACGGCUCCAGCGACAGGGAAACACACCCGUCAGCGGCGCGCAUUGGAGACAAAAAAAAGCGCCUCACGGACAAAGGUAAUAUGGAUGCGCUGGAGAGGAUUCGCUUCAGCCGGGUAUCACAGUGGAUGAGCCGCUUCUGUUUCAUUUACCGGGAGACCAAUUAGCCCACCUUAAUGAGGUGCUGGGAUGCGAGAUACUGCAAGCUAAAAAGGCGGAAGGCUGCAUUUAAUCCGUCUGCGGAUCCUGUGAGCUUGCAAUGGCUGUGGCUGGGCUGUGCAACCGGAUAGGGAAUAAUGUGCCUUUUUAUUUUGUGAUAUUUUCAUUAUUUUGUGGCCUUUCAUUUGGACAGUUACGAUAUUCGAUUACAGAAGAACUAGAAAAUGGGGCACUGGUUGGUGAUCUGGCGCAUGACUUGGGGCUGGAUAUUCGAAAGCUCGCCACCCGAAAAAUCAAGGUAACCUCCAACAGCGGCAAACGCAAUGUGAUUGUCAACCCCAAAAAUGGGAAACUGCUUGUCAAUGAAAGGAUUGACAGGGAGGCACUGUGCGAUUUAUCCAGCACCUGCCUCAUUAAUCUAGAGGUGCUGAUUGAAAACCCCACUGAAGUGCACCACGUCGAGGUGGAGAUUGUAGAUGCCAACGACAAUGCGCCGCAGUUCCCCAGAGACGAGUAUCAAUUGGAAAUAAUAGAGUCUGCUUUACCGGGGUCUCGUUACCCAAUUGAAAACGCUCAAGAUCCAGAUACUGGGUCAAAUUCUGUUCGCAUGUAUCAGCUUAGCACAAACGACCAUUUCGCGCUGGUUUCUAACAAACCCUCUCUAAAUACAAAGCACAUCGAGCUUGUGCUCAAAAAGCCCCUUGAUCGCGAGCAGACGCCUUACCAUCAAUUAAUUCUAAGUGCUGUGGAUGGUGGGACGCCGGAAAAAACAGGGACGACUAAAAUCAGUGUCCGGGUACUGGACUCAAAUGACAAUAUUCCCUCAUUUGACAGCUCAGUGUACAAAGUGAAAGUGUUAGAAAACUCCCCCAAAGACACCCUGGUGAUCAAACUGAAUGCAACUGACCUGGAUGAGGGCACAAAUGGGGAGAUUUAUUACUCCUUCAGCAGCUACACCCCGGAGAGAGUGAGGCAGAUGUUCAGCAUGGACACUAAUACAGGAGAGAUAAGAGUGAGAAACAAUGUUGAUUAUGAAGAGACUAACUCCUAUGAGAUGUACAUUCAGGCAAUGGACAGGGGCCCCGGUGCUGUGGCAGCACACUGUAAGGUGGUAGUAGAGGUUGUGGAUGUGAAUGACAACGUCCCUCAGAUAGUGUUGUCAUCUCUGUCGAGCCCCGUGAGGGAGGAUGCCCGUGCAGACACAGUUGUGGCCCUUAUUAGUGUUACUGAUCGAGACUCUGGAGCUAACAAGCAGGUGAACUUGGAGAUCCCAGCAGGCCUUCCAUUCAAGAUCAAGUCAUUCAGAAACUAUUACACUCUGGUUACCUCAGCCUUUCUGGACCGUGAGACCACUGAUGCCUACAAUGUCACUCUGAGUGCCACAGAUGGAGGAAAUCCUCCCCUAUCCUCCCAGAAGACUAUACAGGUGGAUGUGGCAGAUGUUAAUGACAACCCUCCACGAUUUGAACAGACCUCAUAUACAGUCUAUGUGGCUGAGAACAAUGCCCCCGGGGCCUCUUUGUGUACUGUGAAAGCUCGAGAUGCCGACAUCAAAGAGAACGCACGCAUCACCUACACAGUGCUCAAUGACAACAACCACGGCAUUCCUGUCACCUCAUAUGUGUCUGUGAAGGCCGAUACAGGGGAGGCUUAUGCCCUGCGAGCCUUUGACUAUGAGUCACUGAGAGAGUUUCACUUCCAGGUCAAAGCCCAAGAUGGGGGCAUUCCUCCGCUCAGCCGCGUCGCCACAGUCUACAUCUAUAUAAUGGAUCAGAAUGACCAUGCACCACUGAUAGUCAACCCCCCUGGCAAUGGCACGCGCUCCUUGGAGACGGUACAAAAGAAUGCCGAACCUGGUGUCCUGGUGACCAAAGUGGUGGCAUACGAUGCAGACGCUGGUCCAAAUGCUUGGCUUGGGUAUGUGCUGGAGACAGCCACUGACCCGGACUUGUUCAAGGUGCAUGAACACAACGGAGAGAUCAGGACCACUCGGAGGAUCUUGGAAGACAACUCCACCUCCUUCACUCUAACUGUUCUUGUAAAGGAUCAUGGCCAGCCUGCUCUUUCCUCCACUGCUACUAUUAACGUGGCAGUCAUGGAGGUGCCACCAAAAGUGGUGUCUGAUCCCAAGAGGAUAAUGCGACCUCAAGGCCCAAUCCCUUUGUCCAAAGUGACCGUCUACUUGACCGUGGCUUUGAGUGCCACGACCUUUGUUUUCCUGGUCACUGUGGUGGUGCUGGCUAUCGUCCGCUGCCACGCCUACUGCACCCAGCCUGGGUCCUGUUCCCCAUGCUGUGUGUCACAGAAACCCCCUCCAGAUGGUGGGAACAGCAGCGUGAGUGCUGGCGGAGGUGGCAGCAGUGGAGCUCCAGGCCAGCCUAAUAACAAUGUGGUGCUUCGGAGAGACCUUAAAGUGGAGCCUCACUACAUCGAAGUACGUGGGAAUGGCUCCCUAACGAAGACUUACUGCUACAAGACCUGCCUGACUGCCACGUCUGGCAGUGACACUUUCAUGUUCUACAACACAGGACGACCCAUCAGUGGCACCUGGGGCAGCGGUGCCGACCGCUUUUUCACCAGUGGAAGUGGAUUUGUACGCAGACUGAGCAUGCCCGAUGCCUCCCUCCAAAUCUGCCCAGAGCCCAAAGCCCCGAAUGCUGACUGGAGAUAUUCUGCAUCUUUGAGGGCAGGGGUGCAGAGUUCCGUCCACAUGGAGGAGUCCUCUGUGAUGCAGGGAGCCCAGGGCAUGCUGGUUCAGAACUGGCCCACUGUAUCUAGUGCUGCAGAUGGAGAAGGUGGUGGAGAGCUAUCACCUCCAGUGGGCGCUGGAGUUAACAGCAACAGCUGGCACUUCAGAUACGGUGCUGGACAAGGCUAUGGCCUUCCUCAGCCCCUGAAACCAGGAGAGAUUCCACCUGAAGCCUUCAUCAUUCCUGGAUCUCCAGCCAUCAUCUCUAUCCGCCACGACCCAGGUCCUGUGGAUGACAAGGGUGAAUUCAUAAGCUUUGGCAAGAAGGAGGACGCCAAGAAGAAGAAAAAGAAGAAGAAGGACAAGAAAGAUAAGAAGGAGAAAGGAAAAGAUGAAAGCGGUGAUGACUAGAGAAGUGGUGAUAUGACAGCAAAGCUAUUAACAAACUACCCAAUUUCAGAGCCAGAAAAAUAAGCCAAAUGCAUAUUGUAGAACCAAGGGAGCCUCCUUGCGCCAUAUUUGCAUAGACAUUGUAUAGUGGCCAAAUCCUCAUUAGACCAGGCCUGGCUCCAAACGUCAUGCGAACUUGUUAAACAAAUGCUCUUUAUCGAAAGAAUGGACCAAAUUACACCAGAAAAUGAUUUAUUGUCUUAGAUUAGCCUUUGUGAUUUGCUGCCCACCCCCACUUCCCCAACCCCUUCCCCCACCCCCAGUUUGUAUAACAACAACAAAAAUAGCACCCAAAAAAGGUGUACUAUUUGUAACGACCAUUGUCCACUGAGGCUGCCUGUGAUGACAUCUCUGGCCCUCCUCCUUUUGACUAGUUCAAGGGUAAGUAAAAACUAAAAGAAAUAACUUUAAAAUUAAAAAAAAUAAUAAACGGGGCUAUUGUCUUCAGUAUUAUGGAGGCGUUGUAGAAAAUCUAAAAAUGUGGGCUUUUAUAAAAAAUAAAUACGUAAAAAAUAUAAUAAAAUGAGCAAAGACAACAGCAUAUAGUAUGCGUAGCAUAGGAUUAGCACCUUUGAGACUACAAGGUGCCUGAAAGAAGUUAGACCACGCUCAAUAAAGAGCUCUGUUUCAGUGUAACAUAGCACAUUGUGGAGGCUGAGGACCUGGACUGGGUUGCACCAACUAUGCGCAAGUUUGUUCCCAGGUUAGGGUAUAAAGUGGUGGCCUCAUAACUGCUAAUUCCUUUGCAAUUAGCAUGUCGCUAAAUUCAACGAUAGAGUAGGUAUUAAGACGUGAGUUCAAAGGUGAGAUCUUUUGAUAUUAUUAAAAGUUAGAAUGAGUAGCAAAUAAGUAAUAGCAAUAUACUGGAUGGUUUUGGGACUAGAUUGGCAUAAAACAUGGCCGAUUCUCAUUUGACUUUUAAAGGAAAAUGCUAGUAUUUGAAUGUUUUAGUCCACUUUCUACCAAUCAUUUUUUAAGGCUAAUCAUUUUCUAAAGCACAUCAUUUUGUUUUUGGAAAUUCUAUUGGGUUUUUUUUACCUGUUUUUUUUAAUGGACUAUAGCACAAAAAUGCAUUAGCUGAGACUCGGAACUGUUUCACACUGUUCAUCAAAGUGAACACAUCGAAUUUUGUCCUUGCUUUAAGCCGUAUUUUCAUCACACUAUAGUGUAGCUACUGCACUGACACAAUUAACCAGAUUAGGUACAGUACCUAAGGCGAGUCUCAACGUAUUAUUUUUCACAUUCCAUGGAAUCUAAUGCCAACAAAAAAGGAAUGACACACUAAAUAGUUGAAAAUAGCCCAAAGUGUUUGUGCAAUGUGUAGACAAUGGACAGAAACAUUCAAAAUCAUGGCUGUGGCUCUUCAAGUUGCAAAACAGCAGGGAACUGCUAAAGAAAAAAAAAAUGCUGCGUGCAGAAAACUAGAUUCUUUAUUGUUAGUGAGUGCAUUUGUGUGACUUGUAUCAUUUGCACCUGCUUUAUUGCUUGCUUAAUAUUUUUAGCGUUUACUUAAGGUUACGUUUGGACAGAUUUCUGUAGUGGUACCGCUUGUAAUUUUAGCAAUGCCUGAAAUGGGAUUAUGGCGACUUCGGCCAUAAAUAGGGAACCUACGUGCAGCUGAUGCAACCAGCCCCUGACAUGGCUUCUUCUCUUGGAAUAUGACACAGGUUAAUGGGGUCUGAAUUAGCACACCCAGUCUGAAACACACAUUACUGUACACAAACACUGAUUUUCUCUCCGCCGCUUACACACAAUCCAACAAAUCAAACAUACGCACACAUGAACACAUAAAUUCAAAAUACACGAAAAGAAUACGCAGCCCUUUGUGGAAACUCCAAAAACUGAAGGCCAAUGCCAUCCUUAACAUGGGAGUGUAUUAUAUGGCUAGGAAGCAGGAACGCUGCUUGUCACUUCAUUUCUGUUCCGAUCCGUCCUCUUCUGUCUUUGAAUGUUAAAUAGUUGUUCUUUAAGCCUUGCGCCACUGCCUCGCCUGCUUCAGUGCUUGUAGGAUGUGCUUGCCCGCCGCCUGUUUCCUCGCUCUACUCCUGUUUCCUCAAAUCAACAUGGUUGGACAUCUUUCCACUUUGCUUCAAUGAACUGUACAACAGUAACAUGUGUGUAUUUGCAUAUUUACACAGAUACAGACACAUAGACAUAUAGACACAUGUCACACUCUCAUAGACAUUUUUUUUGUCUCAACUUCAGCUGAGUUUAGGCGCUUCUGCCAGAAUGUCUCCUCUGGUUGCUCAUUGUUGACAGCUCUGUCAUCUCUCGCAUGACUUGUAUGCACUGAAUUGCGAAGACGCCUGAGAACUUAGCAGAAACUGAGAUUAUGCUGUGCUAGAUAUGAGGCAAGAUGGAGUGAGAGUCAGAAAAUAGCAGUCAUAGUAGUCCAUUGUGUAGAUACAGUGUAGGAGACAAAGAAACUAUUGGGCAAGUCAUUUCUCCUUUGCACAAGCACAUGUAUUGCAGUUAACGCUGACUGGGAAGUACAGUUCAGCUGCAGUACAAAGAGGCUGGAGGCUGAAUUCAAAUUAUGAUAAUUACUAUUAUAAUAAAAAUUGUGACUGAAAGGUAACAAAAGUUCAUUGGCUUCACCUGGCAUCACCUUAAAAUUUCCCUUUUUUUGCUUUAUGGCUCCACAUGAAUAUGGGGGGAAAAAGUUUGCUGGGAAGUUUUGGCACUGAUAUUGUGUAUAAACAUAGUGUGGUAGAAAUGGGAGCAGCGUCAACAUGAUUGAAAGUGUCAUAAAAUCUCACCUCACUGUUCCUUUUAUUAGACCACCAUAUUACCGAUCACUAUAGGGGUAUAUAGGUGCUGCUCAGUCCUUCCCAUGCACACUAUUCCCUCCUCACCUGCCCUGUUCUUCAGGUGUACUUCUGUGCUGUCAGAUCACCAAGUGGCUGUUUGCAUGUUAUAAGCAAAGGAAACAGAUCCUAUAUAGAUACUAUAUAUAUAUAUAUACAUAGAUAUGUUUUUCCACUGGGAAAUGCGUAUUGGAAUAUUUACAUAUACCUCUGAUACACAUUCUCAAAGACAAUACACACACCUCUCCAUACAGACACAAACAUACAGUAAAUACAGACAUGGCAGCAGCAAUUUGUGGAAAAACCUAAAAGAAACACAUUUUUUUAUCAUGUUGAAAAUAAAUUUAAUCUUCUAGAUAUACAUAAUGCUAUUGUGUUAUGCUAUGAAAUGCCUUUUUUUCUUUCUGUUUUUACCCAUAUGAUUUUCAUGGAUAAGAAAAUCAGUCCUUAAACUAACUUGUGUUCAACUUUGAAAUGAUGAUCAAACAGACACUAUUGUGAAAUUAUAUAAUUUGCUCACCCUCCGUACCUUUCCCUUGCCCAGUAGAGAAAAAGGCAGAAAAAUAAGAAAAAAAAUAUCAAAAUACAAAAAAAUGAAAUAAAAAAAAAAUAAAGUUGAUGUAUUCUCUGCUUGUGUAUAGUGAAUGUUCCUCAGUCGUUGGGUGUGGCGGUGAGUGGCACAUACCAGUCGACUGUGACAGUGCAGAUCUGUUAAUAACUUUUUUGUACACCUGCUCAUCAUUGUAAAGGUGAUCAUAGUGAUUCUUAUGAUUUAAUCAAUCUGGUAAUGUGUUUUGUUAAUACGUCACAAAUAAAGUUUUUUUUUUCUUAAAUAUCUCAAA